GAAGAAAGAGAAACCGAGAAGAGGAGUCGCGGCUCCCGACAUAUGUGGCGGCGGGCGGCGACAGCGGCGCUGUCGCUGGGCGCCGGUGCCGGCGCGGUCUCGAUCGCCACCUCCGAGGACCCCGCCGCGACGUUCAAGGUCUGCGCGCACCUGCCUCCGCGCCUCCUCCGCGACUCUGUCACGGCCGCCACCAUCGCGUUUGACUACAAGUGGUCCCUCUGGGGCCUCGAGCCGGGCACCCCCGUGUGGCAGAGCGCCAAGCACCAUGCCCACCUCCGUUCCGCCAACCGACUCCAGGAGCUCUGCUUCCGCAACGGUGGCAUCUACAUCAAGCUCGGCCAGCACAUCGCUCAGCUGGAGUAUGUCGUGCCGGAGGAGUAUGUGCAAACAAUGAGGGAAUCCAUGCUGAAGAGGUGCCCGGUCUCAUCGUACGAGCAGGUCCGCGGGGUGUUUACCAAGGAUCUCGGUGAAUCGCCAGAAACUGUUUUUGCAGAAUUUGAUCCUGCUCCAUUUGCAAGUGCUUCCCUUGCACAAGUCCAUGUUGCCCGAACGCACGAUGGGCAAAAAGUUGCUGUUAAGGUUCAACAUGACCACCUCACAAAUACUGGUGUUGUAGAUAUAGCCACUGUGGAUUUGUUAGUGAAUGCUCUGCAUUAUAUUUUCCCUACAUUUGACUACAGGUGGUUAGUUGAUGAAGUUCGAGAAAGUGCCCCUAAGGAAUUGGAUUUCUUGAAUGAAGCCAAAAACAGCGAAAGAUGUUUGAAUAACUUUAGAAAGCUGUCUCCUCAGAUUGCUGGUAGCAUAUAUGCCCCCAAGGUUUAUUGGAAUCUCAGCACAUCUAGAAUUCUCACCAUGGAGUUUAUGGAUGCCAAGGAGGUAACUGAUGUUAGUGGCAUUAAAUCAAUUGGAGUUCACCCUGUUGAUGUUUCAAACCUAGUCAGUAAAGCAUUUGCUGAGAUGAUUUUCAAGCAUGGCUUUGUUCAUUGUGAUCCCCAUGCUGCCAAUAUGAUGGUCCGACCAAUGCCACAAGACAGCAGAAAACUUUUUGGAUGGAAAAGGCCACAGCUGGUUCUUCUUGACCACGGCCUCUACAAAGAGCUUGAUUAUAAUACUAGGAUAAGCUACGCUUCUCUUUGGAAGGCACUUGUUUUUGCUGAUGCAAAAGCAAUUAAGGAGAACAGUGCCAAACUGGGUGCUGGGGAGGAUCUUCAUGCACUCUUUGCUGGUGUUCUCACUAUGAGACCAUGGAAAAGGGUGAUUGACCCAUCUCCUGAUCAUCUUGUACUAGGAAAAAAUACUGAUUAUUCAGAAUUACAGAAUUACGCCUCCUUAUAUUUUACUGAGAUCUCCGAGCUACUGAGGAGAUUACCAAGGGUUAUAUUGUUGAUGCUUAAAACAAAUGACUGUUUACGUGCAGUCAGUCAUGCCCUGGUUGGGGGCAGUUCCUUGGAGUCGUUUAUGAUUAUUGGACGGGUAUCUUCUGAAGCUGUGCUGGAUGCUAAAAGGAUGAACAGGAGGUCCUUUCUCGAUGGAUUGAAGAUAUGGCUGGAGGAAGCCCUGCUGGAAGCUCGAUUCUUUACUUUGAAGCUGAUGCUAUGUGUUAUGCAACUUAGGAAGUUGUUGCCUGGCUAAAAGCAGUUAGGCGUAUCAGCAGCCUUUUUGACCGGUAGAACUGCGGAGUUGACAUCUAGUUCCAUAUAUUUUCUUGAGGGCGAAACUUGACAUUUUGCUUAGAAGAUUGCCUUUCUUUUCGU